UAAAAUGUUCAUGAUAUAUGAAAUAAAUCUUACAUUAAAUGCAGUUUCAUUAGAGUUCAUUGCCACAAAUUUAGCUACGACAGAACUAGCUAUAGAUAUAAUAAGAAUCACUGUGAAAUUAGGUGUUUGAUCAAUAUAUCUUCUUGACACGAUUAUUUAACAAAGGGGCUAGUGUCAAACAUUUUCCUUCUGAAGAUACAGUCUUUCAAAUGAAAGUCAAUUGACGAAUAGAAAUUGAAGGAUGUAAUUUAUACUGAAAUCCAGUUACAAAUAAUUCACUUACAAAUACCAUGGCUAAGAGGCUGAUAUUGAACCAAUCCCCUUCUUACACUGCAUGUGGUACCCAGCCAAAAUUUAAACACCCUGAUGCACAACUACCUUCAGCACCGGAAAUAUGUACAGUUAAAAUAUGCAAGAACAUUGCGCCUCUGUAUAGAAGUAGUGAAAAAGGUGUAAAACGUAGUGUGAAAGGGCAAAGCAGAAAUGAGAAGGAGAACUGGGUUUCAGAGUUUAAGCAAGUUAAACGAGCAGUUGAUACCUUAGAGAAAUAAUAAACUAAUGUUACAAUACUUUGCAGGAUAAUGGCUGGACAAGGUCAUAGAUCAACGAAACUGGGCUAUUGCAAUGAGAACAAUUACCUUCGUCGGCCGAUAGUACCGUUUCUAGUAUCGUCCACACGAAACUUGGACAUCCCUAUGCGUUUUAAUUAUAGUAUUCUAAACGAUGUUGUGACAAACGCGCAGAGGCAAUGCUACGCGUUUUCACCUAAGCCUGAACCGUAUAGGAACAUUGGAACACAGACAGAUUAUCGGGAUAGCGAAGCACAAACUCUCCCUUGGGAACCACCGUAUAAAAUUAAAUCAGGACAAAAUCCUGAGAUACUAUCAAUCGCGCAUAUGACUUGGAAUCAUGGAUUUGAGAUCAGCCUGCACGAAUUAGAAGUUAUUAACCGAAUGAAGAGAAAGAAAGAAUGGGAAGCUACUCUCCCUCCUAUGGACACGUCGGCUAAUAUAAAGAAACGUACAGCUAUGAUAAACGAAAUGGAAUUAGAUGAAUGGGCGUUCAGGGAAUCUGAGAUUCAAGCAAUAAUGGAUUAUAGACUCGAGUUAAUGGACGAGUUGACUAGAUCGCGGGAGCAUGAAAAGCAGAAAAAGAUACAAGACCGUUUCGAUAGAUUGACGAAUCUGUUAUCAAUGCGCAGAGACAAACAAGUAGACUCUAUCAAGCAUAAACUUCGGAGGGAAUUGAGAAAGCUGCAUAAGAAAUAUCGUGAAAAACAACUGCCGUUUAAACGUGACAUAAUUAGAGAGCACGCCGAUCCAGCUUCCGAGUUGUACGCGCCUCAAAUACGUCACGGGGAACAUCCUCAACGAAGGCACGCAGUAAUACGGAAGGAAUUACUGGGAGAAAGUUACAUUGAAACUGCCGAUGAACUGGUCACUUUGCCAAGUUGGCUUCCGACCGAGGAAGAAUUGGACGUGAUAAAGCCGAAACCUAAGCCGGCCGAUCUUUGCAUCCGAGCAACGAGAUGGACGAAAGAGAAGCUCAGCCAGUUACAUUCUGACUUGAGAGAGUUCAGAGUAGACGAUAAGGUGAUAGAGUCGUCGACGUUAUUAAAACGCAGGUAUAAACUACCUCCCCUGCCUCCUACACCGUUCGUGCAACGCACAGAAGAACCUGCAUACGCGCGUCUAGAUCAGUUCUCUACUCACAUACAAAAGAUAAUUAGAGGAAGAGCUAUUCAGUGCAUGAUGUUCGAAGGACGCAACAGGUGCAGAGAAUUGAUCGAGGAAUUGCAGUCGUCUUAUGCUCUAGAGGACCAGAGCAAAAAGAAGCAUCGCAAGCACCAGACGCGUACAUUAGAAUUACAACAGUUGCAAACUGAGAAAGCGUUGUACGAAGAUCGUUUGUGUGAAAUUCUUAACUCGUUGGAAGGGGCGACUAUAUCGGCAAUGCUAGACUUCUUGAGCAAAGAAUUAAUGAGAUUAGAAGACGAACGUCGUAUACACGCUUUCGCGUUGUUAGCUGAAAGAGAGAGAGCUAUGAGGGAGGCGGCAGAGGCUGGCAGGCGUCAACUCGAAUAUAAUCGUCGCAGGGAGUUCGACGAGAUGUUCAGACAGAUUAUAAAAGUUAAUCAAGAGUCUGUAGAGUGUUACUUGGAAGAUAUAAUAAAAGAAGGGGUCGAAUGGGUGUCCGACGAAAUAAGUAAAGAGUACAUUUCGAAGCUCUGCGAUAAAGUAGACGCUGUAGCAGUACAGGCUCAGGAAAAUGCUACAAGAUUAGCCGAAGAAGAAAUGGUAGCUAGCAUGGUCUACAAUUUCGUAUUGCCUGAAGUACAAAAGAAUGCUGUACGAAAAAGUAUAAGAGACAAACAGCAGGCAUAUUUACAAAACGCUCAUGCCACGAUCUAUAAACAAUUAUUAAAUCUGCCAUCCGCCGAGGAGACACACUCGUUGGAUAGAAUAUAUAAAAAUGCAUAUUACACGAAACAGGACAAAGAUGAAACAGUGGUCCCAUUGAAAAAGUGUUCGACGAUAUACGUCACGGAAACAGAAUUAAAAUCCUCGCGCAUAUCGCCUUUAAGCGACAUUGAAACAUUGGUGGAAAAUAUUAUAUCAAAUAUUAUUUCAGUACGUAUAAUUUUGCUCUUAUCAUUUUUUACGACAAUUUCGCUUAACUGUUUAUGUUAUCGUGCAGAUUUUAUAAAAUCGUAUUAAACGGACUCGAAAGGAUUCUAUUUUUAGAUACACGGGCCUUGGAUUUCUUAUCAAUAAUUUAUUGUCACUAAUUUUACAUAAAAUUUUACGUAGUAUAGUGGCCACAUUAUUAAAUGAAAUUACUUUUGUAAAUAAAAAUAAGUAAAUUAAACAUUUGUCUUUGAGAUCUAAUAAUUUUAAUCUAUAUAAUGCAGAGUUAAUAGUAUGUAUACUUAAAAUAAUGUAUGUCGUAUUAAAGCACACAGUUAUGAUUUCUCCACCGAUACAUUUAAUUGCAUGUUCGUUUGGUAACAUACAGCAGAAGGAAGAUAAACGAUUAUAACAAUUCGUCUUUUAUAUAUACGUAUCAUAUGUAUAACGGAAAUUCGUGAUUGACUGUAAUCAUUAUAUCACGUAAUAAAAAUGAUUCAUUCGAUUUAAAUACGUAA